AUUGCGGUCACCUGCAUUCAAUAUGGCCGCUGUCUUUGCCAAAAUUUCCUGCUCCUCUCGACAAAUUUUAGUUCCUGUGUGCUCAUGGAAACUUGCCACGCGUGCAACCUACACACGGUUGGCGGAAGUGGGCCGUCUAGAGGCCCCGAAAAUCGAAGGGAAGUAUGACACCGGACAGCUGUUCCUGCACAGGAUAUUUGGCUACAGGGGGAUCACCCUGUUCCCGUGGAUGGCCCGCGUCUACGAUCGCGACGUGACCGCCAAGAAAGGCCAGGAGGGUGCGGAAGAGAGCAGCGACGGGUUCAACCACGUGGGUCGCGAGGUGAAGGGCAAAACGCACACCUACUACCAGGUCCUUAUCGACUCCAGGGACUGCCCAUACGUGAGGUCACAAACGGAGGCAGUGACAUUUCUCGGUAAUCAAGACAACAGCCGUUCCCUCUAUGCCAUACCGGGGCUGGACUAUGUGGGCCACGAAGACGUACUGCCCUACACGGCCACGGAGAAGCAGCCCCUCCACCACGAGCUGUUCGACAAGUUCCUCGUCUGCGAGCCGGACAAAGACCCACCGUUCUCUGCCAAGGACACUCUGCGCGCAUGGCAGGACAAGAACCACCCGUGGCUAGAGCUGUCGGACGUGCACCGGGAGACCACGGAGGGCGUUCGGGUGACCGUGAUCCCCUUCUACAUGGGCUGCCGGGUGGCACAGAGCAGCACCGUAUACUGGUGGCGCUACUGCAUCCGGCUGGAGAACCUAGGCGAGCUGGCGGUGCAACUCCGCGAGCGUCACUGGCGCAUUUUCAGCCUCUCGGGGACCCUGGAGACCGUCCGGGGACGUGGCGUCGUGGGACAGGAGCCAAUUCUUUCAAAAUCCCAGCCGGCGUUUCAAUACAGCAGUCACGUGAGCCUACAAGCACCCAGUGGCCAUAUGUGGGGCACGUUCCGCAUGGAGCGGGAAGACGGCUUCACCUUCGACUGCCGCAUCCCGCCCUUCUCCCUGGAGAGCAAGCAAGAGCAGGGCCCACAGCCCUCCGUCUAGUCUCCGCCUAGGACGCACAGUGUUCUCCGACCGUGCAAUGCACUCUGUACAGAUGGACCUUUUUUCUCUCGCCCAACUUUUAUAGAGAAAGGACAACACUGGUGUCUCUCCAGAUUUAGACACCAUGUACGCAAGACUUGCGCCCGGUUCGGUUCGGGAUGGUAGAGUCGCUUCGGAAUUCAAUACUCUGAAAAGAUGGCAGACCUCGAACCGGGGUCGCCCGCACAGGUCGUCGUUCGAAGCUGGUGUCCGAGGUUUUUGGCGAGUGUGCAGAGUGCUCAGUUUUAUUAGCACCAUUUGAUGCGGUGUUUCAAUUUGUUUAGAAGUUGGAUCUUGAGUAGGAAGUGUUGGUUCUCUGUGCGAAAAGAAGGAAAGCGGUGGGUUUUGGUGAAUGUUUGAAGGGAGCCUAUGACAAUACUAGAAUGGAAUGCAGAGUCAAUCUCAGUGUGCCAUAGGAGCCAGCGAUAAAGUAAGGCUGCUGGUCCUCAUCAGUCGGCCGCUACGCUUUGCAUUUUAGAAUAUAUCAAUUUGGAAUUAAGAGUUUAUUUUUCUGCAUGCACUUUCGUUGGUUGUUUUUAAAGGAGAAUUUCUGGCACACAUUCCCCAUUUGACUGUCUUUUCCCAAAGGUGUGAAACUCGGAAUUUGAACAAUAAAUUAUAUUUACCUGUA